GCGGAAGUCGGUAUGAAUGGCAACAGCGCUAACUGGUAUUUUGUGUUUUUAGUCUUGAUUACGCCACAAAUACAUAAUAUAAAGGCACUUGGUUAAAUACCGAGAAAGCUGGCUUUGUAAUAUGUUGUUUGACAGUGACCGUAGCUAGCAAGUUAUCUUAUUGACUUACUCUUUCCUUAAAGUGUCCGUCAGCCAGCAACAUGAAAGUCCGCUCGUCUGUGUUUGCCUCGUUUAUUUUAAUAUUUGAAGUGUGUGGCAUUGCCCUCUUCCUGCGGGGGUUUUUCCCUGUGCCUGUCAAGUCUUCUUUCUCAUACAAGAGCAGGCUGUCAGAUCUGCCGGCGGAGCCGCUGUCAGGGAGCUCUCCAAAUUCCUCUCGCCUCCCGCAGCCCCUUUUUAAAAGGGUGGUUAUAAUGCUAGUGGAUGCUCUCCGGGAGGACUUUGUGUUUGGACCCAAUGGUCGCAUGUACAUGCCCUACACCAGGCAUGUGGUGGAAAGAGGCUCAGCGCACAGCUUUGUGGCCAAGGCAAGACCUCCAACAGUCACCAUGCCCAGGAUCAAGGCUCUCACUACUGGCAGUAUCCCAGGCUUCAUUGAUGUGGUAAUGAACCUAAAUUCUCCUGCUCUGCUGGAAGACAACCUCAUUUGGCAGGCCAAAACAGCAGGGAAGAGGAUAGUUUUCUAUGGAGAUGACACCUGGGUGCGCCUCUUCCCCAAACACUUCAUGGAGUACGAUGGCACAACCUCCUUCUUUGUAUCCGACUACACUGAGGUUGACAACAACGUGACCCGUCAUUUGGAUAGCACCCUCAAGAGAGAUGACUGGGACAUUUUGAUCCUUCACUACUUAGGCCUGGACCACAUUGGUCAUAUCAGCGGGCCCCACAGUUCACUCAUCCAGCCCAAACUGCUGGAGAUGGACGACAUCCUGAAGAAGAUCCACAGCGCCCUCAUUUCAAAGGAGGCAGAGGGAUCUCUGCCCUACCUGCUGGUGCUCUGUGGAGACCACGGCAUGUCGGAGACCGGCAGCCACGGCGGCUCCUCGGAGCCAGAAGUCAAUACGCCCCUGGUGCUCAUAAGUCCAGCCUUCAAAAGGAAAGUGGGAAUGGAGAAACCUGGGGUGGUUGAGCAAGUUGACCUGACCCCGACCUUGGCCCUGGGACUCGGCCUGCCCAUAUCUCAAAACAGCGUGGGCCGCGUCAUCCCCGGUGUCUUGGAAGAAACCUCACUGCGAGACCAGCUGCGCUUCCUGCAUCUCAAUGGCCACCAGCUCAGCAGCCUGCUCAAAGACAGCAUGCCCAACUAUGAGAAAGAGGCCGGCUUUGAGCAGUUCCGUGUGGCAGAAAAGGCUCAUGGGAGCUGGAUGAAGCUCUAUCUGGAGGGAAACACCUCUGAGGUGCUGAGCAACAUGGGGAAAAAGGUCCUGAAGCAGUAUCUUGAUGCCCUGGCCGCCAUGAGCUCGGCUCUCAGCAAACAGCUGGGCAAGUACGACAUGUACUCCAUGAUCGCAGGCAUGAUCUUUGUAUUUCAGCUCCUGUUGGUCUUACUGCUGGCUAUGCCUGAAGCCCUCAGUGGUGCAGCAGCAGUGGACCUCCCAGUCCUCUCAGCCCUGCUCUCCCUGCCUUUCUACCUCCUGUGCCUGCUGCUUGCCUCAGUUCACGUCUUGGUGUGCACAUCCGCAGAGAGCUCCUGCUACUUCUGCAGCCUCUCCUGGGGUCUCGUGUUUGCCGCUGUUGUCUUCUCCUCAGCAAUGUUUUGUAUUCUGGUCUCCAUGGCAACACGCCGACUUCCCCUGGGAGCAAAGAUUCAUGGGAAGUCUCCGCUGAGGAGUAGUGGCAGUGAGUGGUCGCUGUCAGAGCUGGAUGUGUUGCUCCUGGCGGGCACCAUCGGACACACUCUCAGCUUGGCCGCCAGCAGCUUCGUGGAGGAAGAGCACCAAACUUGGUACUUUCUGCUCAGCACCCUCUGCCUCGCCGUCUUCCAGGACGUCUGUCGCAAGUACUUCAGAGAGCAGAAGGGCUCAGGAGAUGAGGAGGAGCAUGUCCUCCCUUCCAAAGACUGUCAUCCCUUGGCUCACCCUAAGGCAGAGAUUUGCUCAGAGAAGUGGCUAGCAUUAGCCACACCGCCCUUCAUUCUGGCCUGCUGCCGGCUGCUGCGCUCUCUCAACCAGACCGGGGUACAAUGGGCUCAUCUUCCUGAUGUUGGACAUUGGCUUAACAGCUCCGAGCACAAGAUGGUACUCUCUCUGCUGGCUGCUUUCUGUUUGGUCCUUAUCUACCUCCUGGUUCAAAGGCGGUGCUCAUGGGUCUCCAAGGUUGCCCUCGCCCUCGGACUUUUGGGUGUCUACAGCUACCGGGCAGCUGUCGGCAAUGUCUUGUUUCCCUGGCAACACUCUGGUCGUACUAUGUCCAAGGGAACAGUGGAGGCACGCUUUGUUUAUGUCUUCGUUUUGGGCAUCCUCUUCACGGGCACCAAGGACCUGCUCCGAUCCCAGAUCAUCACAGCAGAUGCCAAACUGAAGAGCAGGGGAUUGUGGGAGAUUUACAGCGGCUUGGUUUUGUUGGUGUCGCUCUUGUUUCGUGCUCACAACCUGCCCGUGCUGUGCUGCUGCCUGUUGAUCCAGACCCUCAUGGCUCAGUUUGUCUUGAGGAAACUCCACUAUGAUGCAGCCCAGACCACCAUCAUUCACUACUGGUUUGGUCAGGCCUUCUUCUACUUUCAGGGAAAUUCCAACAACAUUGCCACCGUUGACAUUUCAGUCGGCUUCAUUGGACUGGAAAGCUACGUAGAGGCACCUGCCAUCUUCUUAACAGCCCUCAACACUUACGCAGGGCCCCUGCUCUGGGCGUGCCACCUCGUCUGCUACCUCAGCUCAGAGAGAGAGAGGAGCCCGGUUGCAGUCGGCCAUGGUUGCUACUGUUUGGCCCUGCUGAGGUCUGUGCCAGCUGCAGCCUACAUUGUGCUGGUAACUGUUCUUCGCUACCAUCUCUUCAUAUGGAGCGUCUUUUCACCAAAAUUACUGUACGAGUCCAUGCACCUGCUGCUGACUGCAGGGGUCUGUCUCUUCUUCAACACCAUGGAGCAAAGCCACAGCUCCAGUAAGUCGUAGGCAGCCAGAGACGCAGAGCUCUCAUUAAGGAAUUCAGAUAAGUCAGAGGGUCGGACGCAGUCUCUUAACUCUGUGUGUAAGAAACACAAAGACUGACACUACAAUAUGCUUGUCAUCAGUGCGUAGUACACUGACCUGCUCACAGUGUGUGAAUAGAUGCUUCGUAAUGACUCUGUACAUCUGGUUUGCAAAAACACUUUGAAAAUGCAUUAACAGUGUAUUUUUGUGGGCAGUUUAUUUAGUAUUUUGCUGUUUCCAAGGAGAAAAUGUUUGCAGGGGAAUAAACAUGGAAUGCUGUAAAGAAACUUUUUGAGGGAGAAUAACUUUAACAUACACAUAUUGUAUAAUACCUCAGGGACUGGUGUGCAGUGCUACAUAGACUCCAUGGGUAAUUUAAUGUAGCUUUAUUUUUACAGGGGAAAACAACGUGUUUAAGUUGAACAGAGUGUAAACGUGUGAUGUUUGGGUGCUUACAGAGCUGAGCUCUUUAGAUGACAGUCAUUUUAUAGGUCACCAAACUCAAAAUGCUUUUUGCCACAGCAGGAAAAGCACAGGUGUAAAUAAUAGAAUGAAAAAUGGCCGAAUUCCAUUUAGCUGCUUCAGUUUCAGGGUCCUGGUUUUGCGCACGCUGCUCACGGUCACACUUUCAUGGCUUACUGGGGCACUUGAAUACAACAGAGCCAUUGUUAAUGUGAACACCUGUGAUUUUCCUGCUGUGAAAAAGACCUAUUGACUAAUCAUAAAGGUUUAUGUUGUUCUGGAUUGAACACACUUUCAGGCACAAACACCUAACAGAAGUGUGAAGGGGAUGUCAGCUACAGUCUGGACCUGUUCAUUCUGUCCAAGGACGACCUGAUGUCCAAGUCCAAGAGACUUCAUCUUCAUUUCACGGUGUCUGUUUAGAUGCAUUAAGUUCAGGGCUGGACAAUAAACCACAUUUAUCAAAAAAAAAAAAAACAUUAUUAAUCUCAAAUUGGCCUAAAUUUAUUCGUAACUCAAUUUUCAACAAAUGGAUAUUUAGAUUUCCAUGUAGUUUACUCUGUGACUGAGAAAAGGAAGUAUCAUGGUAUGUUAAAAGGUUUAUGUUAUAAGUUGUGGCACAUGUUCACAGCUCUAACUCACAUUUUACUCAUUCAGUAGCAAUUUCAGAGUCUUGGCAAACAUUUCUACUUCAUAUGUCAGCUAGAGGUGUGAGGCCCAUUAUAGAGAAAGGAAAAAAGGAAAAUCACAAAUACUGAGCUCAGUGUUAUAAACGGUCAUCAUUCAUCUACAACAGCUUUUUGAAGAUGUGAAUUGAUUAAGAACACUUUCCUCUUUUUUUAAUCUCAUACAUUGUUCAGUAGGAGAUAUAGUCUGAAAAAAUACAUUUUCUAGUUGGAUGACCUUAAGUUUCUGCUGAAGGAGCAUAAUCCCCUUUUUUUUGUUCGCUCUCCUUAUCCAGCUGUUUCCUCCUGAGUAUAUGUUACAAUUUUCAAUGUGUAGGUCAUACAACUUCCAGACUCUGGCAGAUUUAUCUGACUUAUAAACUUCUUUAACUUCUACUCUGUUCCUUCAGUAUCACUGAGAAUACUACCAAAGUAAAGUUGGCAAGCUGGCGGUCAUCCAAAGCAAUAAGAGUAUGGAACCAAAAGAGCAAACCAUGCGUUGCUGUCCAAGUACUUGUGGAGUACACAAGUAUAGUAUCUCACUGAGAGCUUGGACUCAGAAAAUGGAAAUAUCCAAACUGCAGUUACAGUGAGUGAGGACUGAUGUCCAGGUUUCAUCGAACCUUUCAAUGUCACAAACUCACCGCUUCUGUAACAUAAACUCAUCAUGUUUGUUCGUGUAAUUUGACCCAUAAAAAUGUUCCCGCCUCCCGUACGCAGGACUGCAGUCUUUUAUAAUAAAGUAAGAGCAAAGAUUUCCGUUUCAGCAGGUAUCUUGUUGAGUUAUGGCCGUGUGUGAUGUCAGUAAACAGCUGUGACUACUUCAAAGCUCCUUGCUGAUUAUAACCUGACAGUUCUUACAUCAUUAUCCUUUGAGAUUUGUCCAGAAAAAAAAAAAAAAAGCAAGUUUAAAGAUUUGGUGUUAAAGCCGCAGUGUGCAACUUUUCACCUCCAGGCAGUAAAAUGAAUUGUAAGUUCCCGCCCCAACACUUGUCACUCACCUUGAUGAGCUGUCUGCCUUGAAACAGCAUCUCGCCCGCAGCUAAGAUCACUGACAUCCCCCAAGUCACCACAGGCGUUGGAGAAGCAGAUGCCAAACUGAGAAAGGAGGGG